AUGCUGUGCGAUGAGGACGAGCAAUAUUUUGUGCGUGAAGUUGAGUUAGACGAUAAGGAGUUAAGGAUUUAUCAAGAAGUGAACAGUGAUGUUGGUGGUGUUGUAUGGGAUAGUUCUAUAGUUGCGUGUUAUUAUUUCUUGAAAAAUCGACAUUACUGGAAAAAUAAGAAGGUUCUUGAACUGGGCUCUGGAACCGGUAUAUGCAGUAUUGUAUUGGCGAUGUUUGGUGCCCAGGUUAAUGCAACAGAUCUCUACGAACGUUUGCCGUUAAUACAGCUGAACGUUUCAAAAAAUGAGCAAUUCCUGAAGGCGACAACGGGCUGUGUUAGCGUUGAGGCGUUUGACUGGAAUGAGCCUCCGCCUCCAACGAAUCACUACGAUGUGGUUCUUCUGGUGGAUGCAAUCUAUUACCUCAAGGGCACAAACUCUGUUUUGAAUCCAAUUUGCUGUUUGAUCAAGAUAUAUCACGAUAUCAAGUUACUCCGUAAAGAAAGCAUGAGGCAGUUUGUUGUUCCGAAUAAAGGACCUAAACCUUCUAAUUGCUGCUAA